CGGCGCUGACAUUCAAACUAGCAUUCGCUUCGUGUUGUUUGUGGCUGAAGCAUUCAAGGGGUUUCUGGUUCAAAUUUCACUUUAUAUUUUAAGCCUUUCAAGUUGAAAUCGAAGGCAUAGAUCUGAAGAGGAUUCCUGGUGUAAAUAUGGAAGGGGGUUCUGCUGAUGCGUAUACAUGGGAUGCCCCAUCUCAUGUUAUUGAAUCUAUAGAUGACUUUGCCUUGGAUCCUCAGGAUAAUGCUGAUCAGUGGUUUGAUUUAAUGGCGGCUCCUAUAAAUGGUACUUUGGAACAGCUUACCACCCCUUUACGGACCGCAAAGCCUUUUGAUGAAACCCAUGAAACCAACAGGCCCAAAGCUUUGGUAUCUCCUUUGGUCAAACAAGAGGAGACCACAAGAUCAGAUGUUACAGAAAGCACCUCUACAGUGGCACCACCUAAUAUUGUCACGUCAUGGGGAAACGGCAAAACUACUGCAGCUCCUGGUCAGGGCCAGAAGCCAGCUCCCUCUCAACCACGCAGGGUGUCAAAGCGGCCCGUGCCCAGAAAUGACAAGCCAACAGCUCCUACAACACCACCUGUUGUCAAGAAAAGGAGGAGCUCAAUGUCCAGGUCUGCUCGACGCAGCGCUGGUGGUGUGAGGAGUAGUAUUAGGCUGAAGAACAAACCAACCCAUGCCUCAAAGACCUCUGCUGCAAUCUCAGAUACUGCUUCUACCGCCAAUGCUUCACAGCAGAGAAGCACAGAACAACAGGAGUUUGAGCGCAUUGAGGCUCUGCAGAAAGAAGUGGCCGAGCAGCGCCGAAAGAAUGAGGCCAGCUACAGGGCUGCACUGGCAGGCAGUCAUCUUCCUAAAAAGCAAGUUCUGUCCACCACCAUUCCCAAAGAGUUUAACUUCCGUUCAGACAGCAGGGCGAAGAACCACACAGAGGACACCUCUACAGAGGACCACUUGUACAAGGAGGUGGACUUUACCUCUCAGCUCCGCAAGCACCCAGCUUCCCCUUUGAAGGCUCCAAAGGGAACAACCGUUCCCAAACCCUUCAACCUCUCUACAGGGAAGCGGAAGCUAGAUGAGACCGGAACCUAUGUGUCAAUGGCCCAACAGAUGGAGCUGUUUCAGAAACGCACACCUACCCGCUAUCACUUGCGCAGCCGGCAGAGCCAAGAGAGAGGACCGUCACCAGUGAAGACUUUGAAGCCAAAGAUCACACACCCUAAAACUCCACAGUUAAUGACCCGCCAGAGGAGCCGCCCCACACUAGUAAAGAGCACUGUAGAGAUUGAAGCUGAGGAAGCAGAAAAACUUCAGCAGUUUAAGUUCAAAGCUCUAGAACUCAACCGAAAGAUUCUAGAAGGAGCUCUGGUUCCUAAGAAGCCAACAGUGAAGGAAGUGACACGGCCAGAGGGCUUCCAGCUGGAGAUUGAGAAGCGACUUCAGGAGAGGCAUGCCAGCAAAAAGCCAGAAGAACCAGAGGACUACACAUUUCAUUCUAGACCCUUACCUACCCGAAUUCUGGAGGAAGUUGUGGGAGUCCCAGAGAAGAAGGUGCUAAAUCCAACUGUACCAGAAUCGCCUGCGUUUGCUCUGAAAAACCGUGUGAGAGUGGAAAGGAAACGGGAAGAGGAAAAGCCUCCUGCUCCGAUCAGAGCACUUGCUGUGCCUCACUACCUGCCCUUCCAACCCAAACCUCAAGUCAAGAGCCAGAUGGAAAUAUGUCCCUUCUCAUUCGAGGAACGUGAGCGUGAACGGAGGGCAAUGAAGGAAAAGAAACUGGAGGGACUAAGGAAUGAAGAGGUGCCAAAGUUCAAGGCCCAACUGCUUCCUGAUUUCCAUGAAGUGCACCUACCUGAGAAAAAAGUCUUGGCGCCAACCAAACCUGCUCCAUUCAGACUGAUGGUUGAUGAACGAGGAGCAGCAAAGGGUGAACGCUGGGAACAGAUGAUGAAAGAGGAAUUGAAACAACAGGCUGAAGCAGCAUGUUUUAAGGCACGACCAAACACCGUAAUGCAUAAGGAGCCUUUCCUACCAAAGAAAGAGAAUCGCUCCAUCCUGGCCAAUACUACUCAUUCUGCAGUUCCAGAGAGUUUUCAGUUAUUGACAGAGCGGCGAGCUAAGGAGCGUCUGAUGUUUGAGAAAGAUGUUGGCGAGAAGGAAACGCUGAAGGCUCGCAUGGAAGAGGAGAUGGCUAGAGAACAAGAGGAGCAAGAAAAGGAGGAAAUUGCAAGGCUACGACAGGAACAGGUGCAUAAAGCCCAGCCAAUCAGACGCUACAAGCCAGUGGAGUUGAAAAAGAGUGACAUGUCCCUCACAGUACCACAAUCUCCAAACUUUUCGGACCGUUUCCACAUAUAAUUGCAUUGUAGCGUUACAUCAACUAAAUUGUACAUAUUGUUAUUUUUUUUGUUUUUAUGUCGACAUUUUUCUUGUGUUCCUCGACAAUCUCUUCAUAUUUAGAGAGUGUAGAACAUUGCGUCUUGUGUACAAGCCUUUUCUGAGCCUUUGUGGUCUAGUAAAUGCAUUUACAAGGAUUUUUAACUUUUCCCAGCUCAAUUUUUCUUUUCAAACCCCCUGUAUAAGCAGACUGGUUUUUUUCUGUCCUUUUAACCCGUUUUCUUCCAUCUCUCUUAAUAAAGAA